UCAGUUUUUUCCCCUUCUAUUUUCUCUUUGCAAUCGGGUGUGUGCGCGUGCGUGCUGUGAGGAUGCAGUAGAAUAUUAAGGAGCGUUUUGCAUAAAAUAAAUAUCAAUAAAAAUCUUCAUAAUGCAGGUGUUUCAACAAUACAGCGCUCGCGCCGCGGCUCCAUCUCCACCUUUUGUUUUUCUGUGGACUGAAUCAUUGAAAGUUGAAGUGCGCGCGCGCGCAUGGGUGAGCGCGAGGGAGAGAGAGAGAGAGAGAGAGAAGGAGGGAGGGGAAGGGACCGGAUGGAUGGAUGAGUGAGAAGAUUAUCGACGUUUAAGCCACCCGUCCGCGUCUCACGCGCUCACCUGCACGCGGGACGGCGUCUCUGGUUCGCUUUGGGUCUGGAGCCGCGUUCCUCGUGGACUCCAGGUGUUUUGGGAUUAACGGACUUCCCCGGCAUCCCACUGGCGAAGGAGCGGUGGUUUCUGCGGGUCUUUUCCAAGUUCCUCCAGGACCACGGCGCGCGGGCUGACCCGCCCUGCGCGCACGCGGGGAUUACACGAGGAAGAGACCCGCGCGCUCACCGGAGAUGAAGAAGCCCGGUCCGCCUCAGCAGGACGAUGGACGGAGCAGAACAGGACUGUAACAGCCUUCAUGGAGCCCUGACCCUCAGGGCACAGAGCAGGUAAAUGGAGGUGCAGGAUCGGAGCCGCUCCCCCUCCCGCAGGACCAGCCGGGUGGAGCAGGUGGUGGGACGAUGGCUGAGACGCUCUCGAGAUUUGGGCAGCAGGUCCCACUCUCUGAGCAGAGAUCGAGCCGCGGCUGAUGGGAAGCCAGCAGGGUCCAGCGGCUGUGAUCACAGGAACUACCCGUUCCGCUUCAACGUUCAGAUCCAAAGAGACCCAAACCUGAACUCUCAUGGCUUCACACUCUCCUCUCAGACCCCCAUCCUGGUGGAGGAGGUCACCCCAGGUGGUCCUGCAGAUGGUCGGCUCGUCCCAAGUGACCAGUUGGUGAAGAUCAAUAAUGUAGCAGUCGAUGACCUGACCCCAGAGCAAGCCGCUGAAAUAAUCAGGGAGUGUCAGGAGACCAUGAGUGUGACGGUACUCAGAAUAAUGCUGGGCCCAAAGUCCUCUUUCAUCACACCAGAGAAGAGGGCGAAGCUCAGGUCCAACCCUGUGAAGGUCCACUUCGCUGAGGAGGUGGAGGUCAACGGACACUCUCAGGGGAACUCGCUGCUCUUCCUGCCCAACGUGUUGAAGGUGUAUCUAGAGAACGGGCAGACUAAGGCCUUCAAAUUUGAGCCCAGCACCACAGUGAAGGACAUCGUGAUGACGCUGAAGGAAAAGCUUUCCUUGAGCCGCAUUGAGCAUUUCUCUUUGGUGCUGGAGCAACAGUACAGCAGCAAUAAACUGCAGCUGCUUCACGAAGACGAGAGGAUCCAGCAGGUGGUGCAGAGGAAAGAGGUCCACGACUACAGGUGUCUGUUCCGUGUUUGCUUCAUGCCCAAAGACCUCCGGAAGAUGCUGCAGGAGGACCCAACCGCCUUUGAGUACCUCUACCAGCAGGGCGUGAACGACGUGCUACAGGAGCGCUACGCCGUGGAGAUGAGGUGUAACACGGCCCUGCGGCUCGCUGCUCUGCACAUCCAGGAGAGGCUGGUGAGCUGUGGACAGUCCCCGAAAGUCAACCUGAAGACCAUCACGAAGACGUGGGGCAUCGAGAACUUUGUGUCGUCCACUUUACUGAGGAACAUGCGAGAGAAAGACCUCAGGAAGGCCGUGGGAUACCACAUGAAGAAGAGCCAGUCGCAGUACGACCCCAAACAGAAAGGCCUGACGGCGGAUCAAGCUCGGAUCAACUACCUGGAGGAGCUGAGCGACCUCAAGUGUUUUGGAGGGAAAUCUUUUGGCGCCACCUUGAUGCUUCAGGACCGGGAGUCCAUGGUGACCCUGUUGGUGGGAGCUCGCUACGGGGUGAGUCAGGUGGUCAACCACAAGCUGAACAUCCUGACCACCCUCACCGAGUUCUCCUGCAUCACUCGCGUCGAGCUGCUACCCGAGUCUGAGAAGGUCAGCCUGGUCAAAAUAUACCUGCAGGACAUCAAGCCCAUCACGCUGCUGUUGGAGGCCGCUGCAGCCAAAGACAUGUCCUGUUUGAUCGCUGGCUACUGCCGCGUCUUUAUUGACCCCAACCUCAACGUCUUUCCCUGGACGGAUGACAAGAAGCACAAAGUUUCAGCUGAAGAAGGUUACGUGUCCCGAUGUGCGAGCGACUCGGACGACUCCUCGGACCUGGACACGGAGCCGCUGCUCAGCCUGGGGCUUCAGGACCAGAGGCCCUGCCCUCGUGUCCGGUCCUCAUCCGACCCAGAUGGAAGGAAAAGAAAAAACAGAGGGAGGAUGAGGAGCAGGGAUGGAAAAGAAAAGGGGAGCAAACCGUGGGAGGAUAACAAGCGGAAAGAUCUGAAGAACAUCACUGCAGAGGUGGAGACGCCUCCACCAGAGGUCGGACUGAUCCAGAUCACCCAAACAGACUCGGAGGGACUCGGCGGGGUGAAAGGGAGGAGUGGAGAGGAGCAGCCGUCUGUGUCGGAAGCGUCGGAUUCAGUUACGACCGACUCCCGUGUCCUCACCAGCCCCUCCAGCGACUCUCUGGAUGCUCUGGAAGAAGACGACUUGAUUUCAUGCUCGUCUUCCUCCGUCCAUCCCAACGCACUCACGAGUUCUCACGUUUGUGUCCACGCUCCCCUCCAGCUGCACUCCGACCGGCACGCUCAGCCACACCUCCUCAUACCUCCACCGGCUCACUCCCAUCCCUUCCUCCACCUCAGCAGAGACGGAGGCUGCAGGAGGUCGGGCGGCGGCACCGACCCCCAGCUCCCCGCCCACCAGGCGUGCUCGGGGAAGUGCUCAGACGACGGCUCGCUGUGCUUCGCCGAGCUCUCCCGCCGCACCGACAUCCUGCCCAGUCCUCCUGAGGCCAGCGAAGAAGACGAGGAGGAGGAGCUGAGGAAGAGGGCCAAGAUGCAGAAGGUGGAGAUCACGGUGAGAAAGGCGAGUGAAGGAGAGGGGGGGCCGGCCGAGCGUCCGCUCUCUCCGUCUCCCGUUUCCUCCAACACGGACUUUGUCUUUAACUUCGACCAAAGCGACGCUCGCUGCUACUACAACCUCUGCUCCAACAUCACCCCCGACAGCGCCCGCAGCCUCCCACGCCCGUCCAGCCACUCCCCCGCAGAACCCAGGGCGGAGGUGAACCCCACAGACCUGGAGCCGAUCCCCAUCCUCCAGCCGCCCCCCGGCUUCGGGGACAGCAGCUCCGACGAAGAGUUCUUCGACGCCAGAGACGGCUUCAACUCCCCUGAAGACCCCACCUCAGGAUCUGCGCCCAGAGAGACAAAGCCGGACUCCCUCAGCCUCACAGACAUCAGGGUUUCUGUGGACGGAGAAGCAGAAGCAGAAAAAACGGGAGAACCUCACAAAGAAGGAGACGGCGAAACCGUUUUCCUCCUCAGGAAGAGAUCCCGGAAGCGCCGCUCCUUCAUGGAGACGGAUUUUACCUCGAGAGUGACGUACCCGGCGCUGGACUCUGAAUCAAAGCACAACCCGGCCUCCAACAGACUCCUGAAAGCCCUUCUGACGGAAGCCAGUAACGCUCACCUGCUCACUUCCGACCCCGAGCCCUCAGAACAAACCCAGAAUCCAAGUCCCACCGUCUCCUCGCUCACUCACUCCGAAGGAGAACCCAGCGAACUGGAGUCCAAGCCCAUCCCGUCCAAACUCGACCCUCACGGACUCGCCUCUCUUUCUUCCUUUGAGCCGAACAGAAACCUAAACUCUCCAUCCAGAACCAGGAAGCAGGAAAUGGAGAUGGAACCCGACACGAUGGAGUCCAAAUCCGUGACGGAUCUGGUUCCGGCUUCUAGCAUCACAGUCAUCCGCUGGAGGGUUGAUCCGGACGGGAAGGAGAGCGCCGAUCGGAAGUGCGACGGGAAAGAGGAGGAGGGAGAGGAGAAAAGGGAGACGGACGCCACGGAAAACGGACCGUUCACUCGUCACAUGUUUUUACCCAAAACAAUCGAGGAGGAGGAGGAGGAGAAGAAGGAGGAGCAGAGAGGAGUCUCCUCUAGCUUAAAGAGACCUUUGAUUGGUUUUGAAAUGCCAAAAGAAGGCAUCGCCGUGCCGACGUGUUCUAACAAACGAACCAUCGAGGGCUUUUCGGACUCUAACUUCAUCUUUCUUAAUCUAAACACACUUAUCGAUGAAUGUUCUCCUCCUUCUUAUUCUCCUCCGCCUCCUCCGCCGUCCUCCCCGCUGCCCCCCGUCCCUACAGAGCACAAGAUCAAAAACGACUGUUUGCUGAAGGAGAGGCGGAGCUUAUUAAACCAAAUCACUCCUUUAAACCACAAGGAGCAAAGUGUGUUUUUCAGCUCAGAGAGUCGUCGCCUCAAAGAAUCCACAAACAGCGAUGAAGUUACCGACAGCACAAACUCAGACGUCUUCGAGGAAGACUUCAUCAGGGCCGACACGCCGGAGCGGAGCAGCAGUGAUCUGUCAGACGCCGCCAUGAAGGAGGAGACGCCAACCCCCACCGAGCUCCGCCCAGACUUAGAGGAUCGGGCAGGAAUGUGUUCGGGUAAUGUCGAAUGUAUCGCUGCUUUAAAGUCUAUCGAGGCGAAGCUGGGAGCGACGACGGCUGGGAGUCCAGAGGUGAAAGGUCACGCCGUACCGCAGAUUGUUUUCUUUCAAACCACGGAGAAACAAGAUGGCGACGCCACCGUGCGUCUGCAGAGUCCGAGCCCGAUGGCGGCUAAAGCCAGCACAAUCCACGAUCUCUCCAAAGACCAGCCAUCCUCGCCUCACUUCCUGUUCCAGGCGGGCUCCCCGAGCAUCAUGGGAAGGUUGUCGGCGUCAACGCUCAGAGGGAAGAUCCAGAAUCUGCCCCUGUACUUGUCACGCUCCCAGGACGGCUUGAACCGCGCCGGAGACGGGGGUUCGGUCCAGAGUCCGGCUGACAGCAUCAAAGAUGUGGACGAAACCCCGGUGUCAGAUCCUGCGGCAGCAGCCGAGUCGCCCGAGUCUGACGAUUCGGACGCGACUCUCACUGGGUCGGAGGUGGACGAGGAGUUUUCGGCAGAAACCGUAACGACGAGGUGUUCAGAGGUGGAAGAUGUCGGCUCUCAGCUGCCGGUCCAGACCGAGCCUAAAGUCCAGAGUCACAGCGAGACUGUGUGUGCCGGACUCCACCAGAACACCCCAGGUCCGGUAACAGAACCACCAGCCUCCAUUGGAAACCCCUUUGACAGACACUCGAAGACAGACACUCCUGGGCCGGUGAAAGAUUCCCCAAAACCAAACCCCAACGUCAGCAUUCCAGAGGACGACGGUCGGCCUUUUGAUAAAGAUCCGUCUUCUUUUGCUCCGCCUCCAAUAGUGGUGACGACUCAGAACCUAAACGGACCUUCUUUUCGGUCUCAAAGAGUAACGGGGACGAGCAGCGACAGGCCUUUGAUGGGUUUUUGUCGACCUGAGCAGAACUCGGACUCCGUCAAACCUCUUUCCAAUGAGUGUAAACUGUUUACAAUCUGUGAGGCUGCCAAGGCCCAGACGGAGGUUGGGUCCGGUCCGGUCUUCAAGCCCGGCUCGGCCUGUGCUUCUGUUCUAGCAUCUGGCUGCGAGUCAGUCGUGGAGGGCAUGCAGGUGCCUCUGGACGCCUGCGGCUGUCCCACGAUCUACACGAGCUGCUUCAGCGGAGAGGACGCCUUCGACGAGGAGCUCACGGUCUACGAGUUCUCCUGCCGCACUCAGAGCAGCGGACUCAGCCAGAUGUCCGGAGUCCUCCGUCCGGUCAUGACGUCUCCUCCGGUUCCCAUGUUUCUCUCCGCCUCCUCCAUCCAUUCUCCCUCUUUACCCCAAUCCGUCCUUUUCUCCUCCGAGCUGAGCCCCCUGCUGUCUCCGCUGUCGGACACCUCCGACUCAUACGUACCCCAACCGCACAAAGACACAAUCAAUCACUUAGGUCGGCAGCGGUACCCGGAACCACCCGCCGGCUUCCAAGUCCUCCGCCUGGAGGUGGACAAGCUGCUGUCUAACUUGGAGGGUAACGGCCCCGACCGGUCUUUUACGGGUCAUGGAGGCCGCCACCCGAGGGAAACCUGCCCCGUGCACUUUACAGAGAACAAGAGGGUGCUUCAGGUGGAGGCGCGGCGGCUCAUGUCCGGCUGUCAGAGGGUGGUGGGGAUCGGGCAGAGCCCGGAGGAGAUGCUUCACGCCUUGGCGGACAGCUUUCGGACCCUGGUGGGGCUGACCACCAUCUGCCUGUGGUUCUCCGGCUGCGACAGGUGUGACCGAAGGAACGCGGAGGCGGUGGCGGGCCUGGCGGACGUGGCCCGCUCCUUCAGGGACUUCUGCCUGGCGGCGGAGCGAGCCAGCAGCAAACGCAGCUGCCAAGACCUGAGCACCAAGCUGCUGGCCAAGCAGUGCACGGCGCUCACCGCCUCCGUCUUCUGCCUCACUCAGCUGUUCCGCACCCUAACCGCUCUAUGAGCCGACCGCAGAUGUGGGCGGGGCUUAAACUGCAUGUUUGGAUUAGGCAGAGAAACAUGAACGCCUCAACAUUCACAAGUUUUUGUAGUUGUUCCGUAAGAGGCGAUAAGCAGAGCGGCUGGAGCAGAAAACGCAGAGUUGAACUGAUGUACUUGAAUGUAUCCCUAUUUAUUUAUUUAUUUAUUUAUACAAAUAAUUAGUAGCUGCAACGAGAAAGUGACGAAUGUGAAGGGAACAGAAAUGUUUACAGCUUUAUAGCAUCUUGGCCGCGCACACAUACAGACACGUAAUAUGCAAAGUUAAUAUCCAAACAUUUGUACACAGACCUCCUACUGAUCUGACUGUGUGACUGUUUCUUUUGAUAGGAGCCUCGCAAAGCUAACGCUACGUUCACGCUGGACGCGUCGCGUAGACGAGUGCGCGCGGCAACCGCUCUCUCCUGCAGUUCACACCAGACGCGCAUUUUUCCUUCUGCUAGAGCUUUUUGUUUGUUUGUUUUUGCCAUCAUUGGUAAAUUAAUAACCUAAAAACCUCUACCUCUCUCUUGUUGUUUCUUCUUUUUUUUUUACACCCAGCCCCUCCUCCGCUCCGGAGUCGGUCCACUACGUUCAUGUGUGUGUGUGUUGUGAUUGUGUGUUUAUCUUCAGCUCUACAGUCUGUUUAGAUCAGGGCUCUGCAACCAGUGGCUCCAGAUCCAAGGUCCAACCCCAAACUAAA